CUUAUCACAUCACAUCACUUCUCAAGUCUAAACUCAUCUCUCUGUUUUAUUGAAGUUAGAUUUUAUCGUUUCAUCAUUUUUAUCAUUUAUUAAGCUCUGUUGAGAGAGAGAUUAAGUUUACUACUGACUACUGUUCCUUUAUCUGAUAUUAGAGAGUGCGAAUGAGAGAUGAAAAAGAUCAAAACUCGGCUUGUUUUUUGUUUUUUUGAAGGUAUAGUUUUGAUGAUGGCUGCAAGCAAUGAAGUUAAUCUCAAUGAUUCCAAGAUGGGGGUCCCAUUGCAUACAUGGGUUCUUAUCUCCAAUUUCAAGUUGGCGUACAAUCUUCUACGUCGCCCUGAUGGCACUUUUAAUCGCCACUUGGCAGAAUUCCUUGAUCGGAAAGUCCCUGCUAAUGCAAACGCAGUUGAUGGUGUUUUCUCUUUUGACGCCAUCAUUGAUCGCGAAACUAGUCUUCUCUGCAGGAUAUAUAGACCUGCAAAUGGAGAGGUACCUCAACCAAACAUUAUUGAUCUGGAGAAGCCUGUGAGCUCUGAGGUUGUUGUCCCUGUAAUAAUUUUUUUUCAUGGAGGAAGCUUUGCACACUCUUCUGCAAAUAGUGCUAUCUAUGAUUUCUUAUGUCGCAAACUUGUGAGGAAUUGCAAAGCUGUUGUUGUUUCUGUGAACUAUAGGCGGGCACCUGAGAAUCGAUAUCCAUGUGCUUAUGAUGACGGAUGGGCAGUACUUCAAUGGGUGAAUUCAAGACAAUGGCUUCAAAGCAGGGGCUCAAAAGCUCAUAUAUACUUGGCUGGGGAUAGUUCGGGUGGUAACAUUGUACAUCAUGUUGCUUUGAGAGCUGUAGAUUCAGGAAUUGAAGUAUUGGGUAAUAUACUGCUCAACCCAAUGUUUGGUGGGCAGGAGCGAACUGAAUCUGAGAAAAGAUUAGAUGGGAAAUUUUUUGUCACUAUCCAAGACCGGGACUGGUAUUGGAGAGCAUAUCUCCCUGAAGCUGCAGAUAGGGAUCAUCCAGCUUGUAACCCGUUUGGUCCUAAUGGUAGGAGUCUUAAAGGAAUGAAGUUCCCUAAGAGCCUUGUGGUGGUUGCCGGUUUGGACCUUAUCCAAGACUGGCAGUUGGCCUAUUUUGAAGGCCUGAAGGAGGCUGGCCAAGACGCGAAACUUCUGUAUCUGGAGCAGGCAACAGUUGGCUUCUACUUCUUGGCUAAUAAUGACCACUUCUAUGUCGUCAUGGAUGAGAUAAGUAAUUUUGUGUGUUCUGACUGUUAAUAGACUUAACUUUACCUACUGGCAGCCAUACCUGACAGAAGCUUGACAUUUCACUUGGGUAGUUAAGGGGUUGUUUGCAGUUUAUAUGUUUGUGUAGUGUUAUUGUUUUCUGUUUUAUUAAUUGUGGUGACAGUGGCAUUCUGCUACCAUGGGUUCUGGGCUUUGAAAUCUCAAGAUGAAAAGGCAUGGACACUUAGUUAUUGGGAGUAGAAGGUAUAGUUCAGCAUCUAGCUGGAUAGGAUGUGUUCUGGUAUACAAAAUACAAUUUUCUGGACUUGGAUUAUGUUGUUCUGUGAAGCUUCAGUGUCAGAAGGAACUGUUUGACUAAGUGUAGUAGACCGACGUAUCUAAGAGUACCAAUUCUGGCUUCCAGCCACAUCGGAGAGAGGAAGGUAGAAUUGUUGGGAUAACAUUUGGUGGCCGAUCAAUUGGAUUGAAUACCAGCUAAUAUUAUAUAAGCUAAUUUUAGAACAUGGAUGGGAAAUCUUCCAUGCUAUUGUAAUCCUGCAUGUGUAUACAUAUGUUCUAGUAUAUAUAAAGAUGUUUGCUUAUCUUUUGUGCCUGUUGUCACCAUCUUCUUCCCCCCUUACUUGUUUAUUCAUGAUGUUUUGUGGAUGACAAGACUCCUUGGCAACUGUAAAUACAAUGAUAUUGAUUAUUGAGACAUCUUGAGAGCCUUACUUUGAAA